CUCCUCGCACGGUCGGUAGAUUUAUGAUUCUUGGCUCCCCAAAAUCCUCUGUUUCCUAGACAUUAAACACUGGUUCACAGCAGAAUGGAUUCGCCAUCGCCUCCAAGGGUUGCAGAUAGACUUGCACGCAUCCGAGAGAACCAGCGAAGGAGCCGUGCCGAAAAGCUGGCGCAUACUCGCGACCUAGAGAAGAAACUAAUCUCCCUGCAGGAGAUAAUCCGGCAGAAUGAUGUUUACCAUCGACUGACGGUCCAAGGUCUCGAGGACGAGAACCGGAGACUGCGAAGUUUAUUGUCGGAUGUGGGCUUAUCGCCCACCGCGAUUGAAGAGUAUCUAGACAAGUCGGUGGAGGACCCAAGUCCCACGCAGAAGAUCGCCAUUCCUAGUCUCCCUCGAUCGGAGUCUGGCGUGCAGGCUCCCUCGAGUCGUGGCCCUGCCCAGCAGACAUGUCGCUCUGAGAGUACUCCUGAUACUGCGGGGGCAUUGCCACCUCCAGAAUCGAAGCCGGUCAAUGAUUCGAGCGAGUCUACAGUCGAGAUCAAGGGUCAGUCGAUGGAGAAGGGUCGAGAGAAAUCCCACGGCCAGUCAGUGUGUGGCUGCUCACCCGAUGAAACCGGAACGUCAUGGCCGGAUAGUAAAAGUGGCGAUGUCCUGAAUACCACUCUCUGCGCCAUCGCCGACGAGCUCAUCACACAGUACAACACGCGGGGUGUCGAGCUAGACGAGAUUCGACGCAAGCUUUGGGCGGGCUUUUCCAGGGGUCUUACCACGGAGGAGGGCUGCAGGGUGCAGAACCAGAUUCUGUUCCAGGUUCUUGACGAGAUUAGCAACAACUAACUCGCCUCUGUAACCCCUACAGCUGACUCCCAGGGCUCAGCUCCCUAGCUGGCA